AUGGCGAGGAAGAAGAACUUGUCACUCCCAAAGGAAGCGUCAAACCAGUUGCACCGCAAUAUUGAAGCCCAUCCAUCUUGGUCCUGUAAGGACCUUGUUGAGCAUCGACCAGCGCUGUACGGAGGAAACUACAAGAAAGCAACUCAAAAUCGUCACAAUUAUUUGACCACGCAGAAAAAGAAAGAUCCGACGAAGUACUACCGAUCCUUUGCUGCGAUCGGUGCCGCGGCUACUGCUCCAUCGUCUGCCAAGAAGAAGAAGAAAGUUGGAGACGAUUGUGACUCCUCUGACAGCGAAAUUCUUGGAUCGGUUUUGAAUUACGAGGACUCGGACGGCACUUCAUCAUCUGAAGAAAGGAUUCUUGCUCCCGUUGACCAAUCUUUUCGGCGCCGAUCAGCACGUGUGAAGGCAGGCAGUGUGAAGACAGGCAGUGGCACUCCCUUGAAAUCACCUCCUCCAAAGACUGUGACGAUUGAGGUUCCAUCAACCCCAAAAUCGACCACUUCCUUUCCUGCCGGUCUCCUUUCCCCUCUCUCGGCUCGUUCCAACAUGAGCACCGUCGCCGGCCAUGAUGGCCCACUUCAGACGGGCAGAAUCAAAUUCAAGAAUCUAGUACAGGCGAGUGAGUAUGCUGAUGAAACUGUGAUGACUCAGUUUGACCUUCCCGAAGACUACCCCGGUGGCCUAUUUGUUCAGAAAAUCGAUGACAUUACAAUUUCUGCACACGAGCUCGGCACCAAGUUGAAAGUGAUGUUGCCGUUUUUUGUUGAUCUUCGCGACUUUGAAUAUUUGUCCUGCUUUAUUGUCCUUGGGGGCACUGCAUUGAUGAUCACUCUGAAUACUCUACCAACCUACCUUUUGAAAGAGCAUGCGUCGGUUCUUGGCACUGAGAAGGCUCGGUGCAAGCGGACUGAAGACAAGACGGCUGAAACAAUCACUGCCAUUUUGGCAGAUGACUCUCGGUAUUUGAAGAAGAUUCUUUUGAUGAUGCCGGAAGGGUUUGGGCUCUCUGCAGACUUUAGCGAAAACAUCCCUCGCCACGACGUCAAGGUUCAUGCAAAGAUUCGAGAGAAGACGAGUAGUUUUGUGGCCGGUUCUGGACGUCGAGCUGUUCAACAAGUGUACUUCAAUUUGUAUUGGCAGCUCCGAAUUGUGAAGGAAAAUCGUCAGCUGAUGGCUUCGUUUCAGGAUGACGACGUGGGGCUCGACAGUGCUUUUGAAGGAAUUCGGCUUGAUGAUAUUGUCUCGACAGCGAGUCCUCAUCAAACAAAAAGGGCUGCAUCCUCUUGGGCAACUCCAUCAUCCACUCAUCAGCCAGCUCCAUCGCUCGCUCAUCGGCCAACUCCAUCAUUCAUGAAUAGUGCUCCGGCUAAGAAUGCUGAGCCAAUUCCAGCUGGUACUCCGUCAAUGUCAUUCUUUGCAGCGCUUAGCUCUACCAAACCACCACCACCAAAAGAACCAGGGCCAGCACCGAUGCCACAACCGGUGCCACAAGAACCGGUGCCAGCACCGGCACCGUACGUCCCUCCAAUCGUCCCUCCGAUGCCGACAGCGCCAACUGCUCCACUGAUGCCGACAGUGCCAACUGCUCCACUGAUGCCGGAACAACCGUCUCAUCCAAUGCCGGACGUAAAUAUGUCGUCAGCUCCCUCCAACAAUUUUCAGGUAAAUAUGAACCAAAUGCCCCAGCUGCCCGUGCAAUCAACAAGCAAGACAGCAGAAAAUGCAAAUCGAAAGGUCGGCCGGUAUGCUAAUGCACAGCGACUUCGAGAAGAGCGAUCUGAUUUUGCUUCUAGAGCCCGAGACAAGAAGAGAGCCAACAAGAUUGCUCGUGCCCGACAAGUCGAGGAAAUGGCAAAAGCUCAACGUUUGAAAGAAGAGUCUGCUUUGAAUGUCGAUCACUCAAGUUUUGAUGCCAAAGUGGAUGGCAUUGUCCACGAAAUCAAUCAAGAUUUUGCUGCUCUACAAUCAGAGCUGAACAAUGAAGUCGACAGCACUUUUGGUGGUGGAUCUGAGGAUUACUAA